AUGCUUAACGAGGUGCGCCAGAAGCGGGAGGAGGUGCAGAGCGAGAUCCAACGAUUGCGCGAACGAGCAAGAGCGAGCAGCCAGCGAUCAUCGAACAACAACAACAACAACAAAGCAGCGAAGCAGAGGGUAGAAGAGAAGGAGGUCAAGCGCGAACACGCCGGCGCCGAGGACAGCGCCAGCGGCCGCCAGAAGCCGCUGUUGUCGGUCAGCGAGCUUCGGGUCAAGUACGCGCAGGGCAAGGAGCUGUUGAAGAAGCAGAAGGAGCACCGGGAGGGGCGGAAGAAGAAGUCGAAGAAGCGGCAGCCCAAGUUCGCCGACCUCGGCCUCAUCCCUCCUCUCCUCCAGGCCGUCGAAGCCAAAGGCUGGCAGGUUCCAACCGACAUCCAGCAGCGAGCCAUCAAGCUAAUCCUUCGCGGCCACAAUGUUGUGUGCUCGUCGCAAACGGGGACCGGCAAGACGGGCGCCUUCACUCUGCCGCUUCUGCAGAGGGUCCACAAGCGCAAGCAGGACGAUGAGCGAGUGGGCAUCGUGAGGGGUAACGGUCAGCCGCUGAUGCUUGCCGUCACGCCCACCCGGGAACUGGCCGAGCAGCUCGUCACCGAGGCGCGCGCGUUGGCGCAGCAUCUCUCGCCUCCGCUGAACAUUCUCGAGAUUUACGGCGGAGCUGAGAAUCAAUUCCAAGUUAAGGCGCUGAAGACGAAGAAGUGGACAUAUUGGUUGCGACGCCGGGGCGAAGCCGGUCUGGAUAAACCCGAACAGACCGUGUUCGUUGAGGAUGAUGAGAGUUGGGGCGAUGAAGACGAUGUGGAUGAUGACGAUGAAGGCACGGAAGACGAGGCGGACGACGGGGACUAUGACGACGACGACGAGGAAGAAGAAGAUGAAGAAAUUCGGGAAAGCGACACGUUGGUGAUGCCCACUCCCAAGGGCGCCAAGGUGAGGAGCAAGCGCGAGCAGCUGCUGGCCCAAAAGAUGAGGGCCGACCACAUGGCCGCCCAGAUGCCGGGUGGUGCCAGCGGCGGCGCGCAGCAGUACCAAUCCCCCGUCGCACCGGGCGGGCUGCUGGACCUCGGCUUCGUCGAGAGUCUGGUCCUCGACGAGUGCGACAAGAUGGUCGAGUUGGGCUUCUUCCCGGCCAUCAAGCAGCUUUACCGCCUGCUCCCCAAGCCCAAGAAGAUCCUUCGCGGAGGUAAGAAGAAGGGCGAUAUGCAAACGUGCCUCUUCUCGGCCACCCUGUCGCCGCGCAUCGAGGAUGUCAUCUCUCGAUUCUCGCCCAAGAGUCAGCUCAUCAAUCUUAACGUCGACCUUCAGCCUCCGUCGCAGGUAAGCAAUCGACGGAAGCGCGCGCUUCUCACCUAUUUCCUGAAGCGCAAGGGCAGUCCUUUCAUGAAGGACCAAAAGGCGUUGAUUUUCUGUCGCACGAAGCAAAGAGCCGAGCGGCUCGCACAGACGCUCGAGGAGGACGGGUUCAAGGCCCUGCCCAUCCACAAGGGUCUCACUGUGACGCAGCGACGCAACGCCAUCCAGAUGUUCCGUGAUGGGGAAGUCCAGCUGUUGUGCAGCACUGAAGUGAUGGCCAGAGGAAUCGACAUUCCCGAUCUGCCGUUUGUGAUCAACUUUGACGUGCCACCACGAGGAGAGGAUUACGUGCACCGAACUGGGCGUACGGGCCGAGCAGGGAACGCUGGCACAGCCAUCAAUCUCGUCGCCACCGCGCCCUACACCCUCAAGCUGGGCGGAAGGGUGUGCGAGAUCAAUGAGCAGCACUACCUGAAGGACAUCGAAACCUUCCUCGAUGCCAGGUCGCUAGAGAUCCGCAAGGUGCCUGGUCCCUGGAAGGACGAGCCCAUCGACAUCGCGCAGGAUCCGGAGGCGCAGAAGCAGAAGCAACUGCGCGAGGAGGGCGUGCUCACCCUGCUCAAGAGGAAAGACCUCGUCGGCAAGGUCCAAGACAUCGAGAACAACAAGCGACUGUCGCUGUACGAGAAGAUGAAGCUCAAGGUGAGCAUCAAGAGCGCACUGAACGAGAAGCAAAAGAGCGACCGGCGCAAGGCGGGCCUCGUCGACGAUGAAGACGACGAAGCCGCAGAGGAGCAGAAGACCUCGCCUGCUGCGGGGAGGAAGAUGAUGAAGAAGAAGUCGGCCAGCGGCGAGUCGCUGCUGCCGUCCCUGCGCAACUUCAAGGAGGGCCGCUACGAGGACCUCCUGGUCGAGUUCGACAAGAAGAAGGCGCGCAAGGCCGGCGUGGCCGUCGAGUCGCCCGACAAGACCGAGCAAAAGCGACAGCAGAGGAAGAAGCUCCGCAAGGCCGUGCGACACAUGGAGCAGCGCGGCCUCUUCGACGGCGACCACAAGAAGGCGCAUUAG